UCCAGCAAGUCAUGAUGCAAACCAGGCCAUGAAUAUAAAAGUUGAGGAAGUCUCAGAUGCAGAAGAGGAAGCAGAUCCUGUGGAAAAAGCAGUUCAGGAAGUAAAGGCUGAACAUGAGAACUGUACAAAUUCGGAGAACACUUUAGUGGGUCCAUAUGGUGAGACAUACCCAACACCUCAUGGUGCAGAUCAGGCCACAAAUGUAAAAGCUGAGGCAGUCUCAGAUGCAGAAGAGGAAGAGGAUCCUGUCCCAAUAACAUUUCCAGAAAUAAAGGCUGAACCUGAGUGUUUGACAUCCAAAGGGAAUCACAAGUGGUACUCGACAGCAUUGAGGAAAAUGUCUUCCACGGCGCUCUUGAAAUGUGGAAACAAUGAUGAGAACUCUGUAUACGUUCCCAAGGAGACUGUUUUGAAAGAGAUGGUAGACAAUAUGAAGGUAAUUCGAAUGAACUUCAACCUGUGCAUGGCGAGGAGCAACGAUAUUCCUGUGAUGAGUGUGGAGAAUCAUUCAGUCAAGAGCAAAUUCUGAUAGCACAUCGACACGUACGUAGUGGGGAGCGGCAGUUUAUAUGUGACAUAUGUAAUAAGUCAUUCAGUCAUCAGAGUAGUCUGAAGACACAUCAGCGCAUGCAUAGUGGGGAGAAGCCAUUUGGCUGUGAUGUAUGUAAUAAGUCAUUCAGUUUUCAGAGUGCUCUUAAGACACAUCAACGCAUGCAUAGUGGUGAGAAGCCAUUUUGUUGUGAUGUUUGUAAAAAGUCAUUCAGUCAGCAGAGUAAUCUGAAGACACAUCAACACAUA